CUCGUCUGGCGGUUAAAAAGGACACAAAUUCCGGGGCAGCACCUCUUCAAUCAUCUUGCCAGUCGCGAUCCAAAGCUACUACUCCCAGAAAUCCUCGCUUCCGACGAGAGAGCCAUCCCGUUCUCUCCAACAUCCCGCCAUAGACAGCACAACAACGCAAAACGCAAAGUCACCGCAACCAUGGCACUACGAUUUGACCCAGAGUACCAAGCCGCCAUCACCGCCAGAGACAGCGACGGCGGAGGUCCCGCCCCGCCGGCACCCUUCAAAGACGCCUUUGAGCUCCGCGCCUUCUCGGAGCCUUUGCUUCGCACCGUCCUCUGCGCGCAGCCGGCGCCGGACAACGUCCUCGAGACCCGUAUCCCGUUCACCUCGCACGACGGGCAAGAGGUCGGGCUCUGCCGCUUCGCGACGCAGGAGAUGAUUGACAGCUCCGAGCCCCUGGCCGCCGUGGUAUACGUCCACGGCGGCGGGAUGGUCUCGUGCGAUGUCGACAUCUUCAGCCCGCAGAUUAAGCGAUUCGUCGAGAUGGUGGAGAUGCCGUUCUUCGCAGUGGAUUAUAGGCUCGCGCCAGAGUUUCCUGACGGGCUGGGCGCCGAGGACGUGUAUUACGGGUUGAAGUACCUCUCGGAGAACGCUGUGCGCUGGAACGUGGAAAGCAGCAACAUCGUCAUCAUGGGCGACUCAGCGGGCGGCGGGCUCGCGGCGGGCGCGACGUUGAUGGCGCGGGAUAGGGGUCUGACGCCGCCGCUGCGGAAGCAGGUGCUCGUGUACCCGAUGCUCGACGACCGGACCUCGAUAUCGGAGAAGGCAGCGAUGUACCCGUUCCUGGCGUGGAAGGCGCACGACAGCGUGCUUGCGUGGCGGGCGGUGUUGGGGGAUAAAGCUGGGGACCCGAGGCCUCACGUGGAGGCCGGGAUCUCGUUGUAUGCUGCGCCGGGUAGGGCUUCGGCGGAGGAGUUGAGGGGACUGCCAAGGACGUAUGUUGAUGUGGGCGGGCUGGAUUUGUUCCGGGACGAGUGUGUUGAUUUUGUGAGGAGGCUUUGUGAGGCUGAGGUGGAGGUUGAGUUUCACUUGUGGCCUGGAUUGCCGCAUGGGUUUGAGAGUGCGCCGGGGAUUGGGUGGGUUAAGAGGGCUUUGGAGGCGAGGAAUGAGGCUUUGAGGAGGGAUUGAUGGUGUUGCGGUUUAGAGAGUUGGGAGGGAGAUGGUCAGAUGGACCAUGGGUGGUGGAAGGGGGGAUGGGUGAAGGGGUAUGGAGGAGGUGGCCGAUUUGGGCUAGUUGAGACUUUCACUUAAUGCGCGUUUGCAGGUAAGAUCGGGACUUGAAGGCUUUGAUCGUGAAGCGAGGUACUUC